AUGGGCAUCCAGGGUUCGGAGGUGGCCAAAGAAGCUGCUGAUGUGGUGCUCAUGGAUGACAAUUUUGCCUCAAUUGUUCGCGCAAUCGAAGAGGGUCGUCUGGUCUUUGACAACCUCAAGAAAACCAUCGCCUACACGCUGGCCCAUCUGUUGCCGGAGAUCCUGCCCGUGCUGCUCACCUUGGCUCUGGGUCUACCUGCGGGUCUCACCACGCUACAAAUUCUCUCGAUCGAUCUCUUUACCGAGCUGGCGCCGGCCAUUUCCUUGGCCUAUGAACCAGCGGAGCGUGACAUCAUGCUUCGCCCGCCGCGCAACAUUGCAACUGACCGCCUCGUAUCUGCCAAGCUGCUUAUCUAUGCAUAUCUCCAGGCUGGUGUGAUAUUGUCGAUUGGGUGCUUUUUGGCCUACAGCUGGGUCUUCUGGAGCAAUGGCUUGAGCCUCUCUGAUUUGGUGUUUGAAGACGAUGACUUUGCCGAGGGCGACGAUGACUUUGAAGGCAUUGGCCCCGAUCGCCAGGACACCAUCUUGCAACGAGCUCGUGCCGCUUGGUAUUUGACGCUUGUCAUUGGCCAGUUGUUUCACCUUCUCAACUUGCGCUCAAUCAAGACGUCCAUCUUCAAACACAGCUGGGAUAACUCCAUCACCUACUUUGCCCUCGCUCUGACCACCAGUUUGGCCAUCCUAUUCGUUUACGUUCCCGGCCUCAACGACUUUCUAGGGGCGGCGCCCGUCGGCGAGCAGGGCUGGGUUCCCCCAAUCGUCGUGGGGGUCAUCCUAACCAUUUACAACGAGACGCGAGCGUAUAUGGCUCGCAACAAGCCUGAGAAUCGCUGCACCCACGCAGUCAACUGGUGA